AUGCCGGCAAAUUUCCAGCCGGAUGAUCACUAUCCGCCUAAGGGCAACCCCCUUCAACAUCACAUACAGGCGCAUGCACCAACCACUGACUACAGUGACGAAGUCAUAAAGGAUUUCUACGAACAGCUGCAGGAAGUCAUAGACCAGACUCCAAAGAAAGACAUACUUACACGGAGCUUCCUAGGGGCCGACAUUGGGAGCGAUCAUGAGCUUGUUCUUAUGACCUUCAAGCUACACCGGAAGAAAGCCAACAAACUGGGCCACACAAGAAUCAAAUUCGACCUCGAAAGACUAAAAGACCCAGAGGAAGCAGAAGCCUUCCAAGCAACGAUAAGUGGGAAAUUUGCAGCGCUUACCAUUCUAGACGCUGUCGACACAGACAUAGACACGUUGAUUGGCACCUUCAACACUGUGUCCCUCAUCAUCACCCUCUCAAAGAAAGGCAGCUUACAGCUAUGCGAGAACUACAGAACUAUUGGCCUCAUCAGCCACCCGAGUAAAGUCAUGCUGAAGAUCUUACUAAACAGAUUGAAGUCACAAGCAGAGAAGAUCAUCGCUGAAGAACAGACAGGCUUCAGACAAGGGCACAGUACAACUGAGCAGAUCUUUAACCUCAGGAUACUUUGCGAAAGGUACCUACAACACCAACAGGACCUCUACCACGUCUUUGUGGACUUUAAGAAAGCUUUCGACAGGAUCAGUGCAGAGAAGACCAAACUGAUGACCAACAACACCAACGGCAUCAGCAAUGACAUCAAGGUCUGUGGCGAGAAACUGGAAACUGUCAACAGCUUCAAAUUCCUGGGAGCAAAUAUCACAGAUGCAGGAUCAAAACCUGAAAUACUCGCCAGAAUUGCCCAAACCACAGCAGCACUCACAAAUCUCAAGAAAGACACAAACAUAGCCCUCAGCUCAAAGAUCAGACUGAUGCGCGCCCUGGUCAUGUCCAUAUUUUUGUAUGCCUGCCAUGGCAUCUCCUACAAGGACCGCAGCACAAACGAGGAAGUCCGAAACAAAAUCAGGCAAGUCAUCGGGCCCCAUGAAGAACUACUGACCACUGUAAAAAGACGCAAACUAAAGUGGUAUGGGCACGUCUCACGAUCGUCAGGGCUUUCCAAGACUGUGUUACAAGGCUCAGUAAUAGGAGGAAGGAGGAGAGGCAGACAAAAGGAAAGAUGGGACGACAAAGUCUCAGAGUGGACAGGGAUGAGGCUCAGCGAAGCUUUGAGACAGUCCGAGAGGCGAGAGGAAUGGAGAGAACUGGUUGCCAGAUCAUCUGUGGUGCCCCAACGGUCAUCAAGACUACGGGACAAGUGA